GUCUCCUCCCCCUGAAGUGGAUGUGAAGACGAGCACCCUCCGGUUUGCGUGACAUACAGGAAGAAGUUAAAUAAGUCUCAAAACACAGCGUUAUCUUCAAAAAACGCCAACAGUUUUUUCUGCAGUUUCGCUCUUUUGACACUCGGUCGUCUUGCAGGAUUGUAAAUAUUGAAGAAUGAUAGUGAAUCUGAAGGCUGCUGCUGAACCAAAGCCCCUGUAACGUGCGGACUACUUCACCCGAAGAGAAGAAGCGCUAGGCGUUUCUAAAUGGAGAAACCGGGACCUAACUAAAUCGUUUGUUCAGUGAAACAAAAUGUCAGAGCACAGGUCCAGUUUUCUUCACAUUGGAGACAUUGUGUCUCUUUACGCGGAGGGCUCGGUGAAUGGCUUCAUCAGUACUUUGGGGCUUGUUGAUGACAGGUGUGUGGUCCAGCCUGAUGCUGGAGACCUGGCCAACCCGCCCAAAAAGUUCAGAGAUUGCCUCUUCAAGGUGUGUCCCAUGAACAGAUACUCGGCCCAAAAGCAGUUUUGGAAGGCCAAACAAGGGAAACAAGGGAACAACAACACACAGGGAGACCUGUUUAAGAAGUUACAGCAUGCAGCAGAACUGGAGCAGAAGCAGAAUGAGUCGGAGAACAAGAAGCUCCUUGGAGAAGUUGUGAAAUACAGUAAUGUCAUCCAGCUGCUGCACAUUAAGAGCAAUAAGUACCUGACGGUGAACAAGCGUCUCCCUGCUCUGCUGGAGAAGAACGCCAUGCGGGUUUCUCUGGACACGGCCGGGAACGAGGGCUCCUGGUUCUACAUCCAGCCCUUCUGGAAGCUCCGCAGCGAAGGAGAUAAUGUGGUGGUUGGAGACAAGGUGGUGCUGAUGCCGGUGAACGCAGGGCAGCCUCUCCAUGCCAGCAACAUCGAGCUGCUGGACAACCUCGGCUGCAAAGAGGUGAAUGCUGUAAACUGUAACACCAGCUGGAAGGUCACCUUGUUCAUGAAGUUCAGCGACUACAGAGAAGAUGUGUUAAAGGGGGGAGACGUGGUGAGGCUUUUUCACGCCGAGCAGGAGAAGUUUCUCACCGGUGACGAGUACAAGACGCAGCAGCACGUCUUCCUAAGGACAACCCUGCGGCAGUCUGCCACCUCCGCCACCAGCUCCAAGGCUCUCUGGGAGAUCGAGGUUGUGCACUAUGACCCCUGCAGAGGUGGAGCCGGCCAGUGGAACAGCCUCUUCCGCUUCAAACACCUGGCGACUGGGAAUUACCUCGCAGCUGAGGCGAACCCUGAAUUCAAAGACAACACGGUGGAGCCCAAAGGAGAGAAUGAGACAGACACUUUGUUCUCUAAGAGGAAGCACCAAGCAGCAGAGAAGAUUGCUUUCACCCUGGUUUCUGUUCCCCAUGGGAACGACAUUGCCUCUCUGUUUGAGCUGGAUGCUACCACUCUGCAGCGAGCCGACUGUCUGGUGCCCAGAAACUCAUAUGUGAGACUAAGGCACCUGUGCACCAACACCUGGGUGACGAGCACCAACGUCCCCAUCGAUGCAGAGGAGGAGCGUCCGGUCAUGCUCAAGAUUGGCACCUGUUCUACGAAAGAGGACAAAGAGGCUUUUGCCAUCGUAUCUGUUCCUCUGUCCGAGGUCAGAGACUUGGACUUUGCCAACGAUGCCAGCAAAGUGCUGGAGUCCACCGUGAGGAAGCUGCAGUACGGCAACAUCGCUCAGAACGAGAGGAGGUUUGUGACUAAGCUCCUGGAAGACCUGGCUUUCUUUGUGUGUGUGGUACCAAACAACGGCCAGGAUGUUCUCUCUGUGGUGACCUCCACUCCCAACCGAGAGAGGCAGAAACUCAUGAGGGAACAGAACAUCCUCGCCCAGAUCUUUGGCAUCCUGAAGGCUCCGUUCACAGACCAGGGCGAUGGUCCGAUGCUUAAGCUGGAGGAUCUGGGAGACCAGCGCUACGCUCACUUCAAGUACAUGUUGAGACUCUGCUACAGGGUGCUCCGCCACUCCCAACAGGACUAUCGCAAGAACCAGGAAUAUAUAGCCAAAAAGUUCUCAAUCAUGCAGUCUCAGAUUGGGUAUGAGAUCUUGGCUGAGGACACAAUUACUGCCCUGCUGCACAACAACCGCAAGCUGCUGGAAAAACACAUCACAGCCAAAGAGAUCGAGACCUUUGUCAGCCUGCUGAGGCGCAACAGAGAGCCCAGAUUCCUGGAUUAUCUGUCUGAUCUCUGCGUGUCCAACAAAACUGCUAUCCCCGUCACACAGGAGCUCAUCUGUAAAUUUAUGCUGAACCCCACCAACGCAGACAUCCUCAUCCAGACCAAACUAAUCCCGAACACGGAGACCACCCUGGAGUCCUCUCUGCUGCAGGAGGAGGUGGAGGAGGAGGAGGUGUGGCUCUACUGGAUCGACAGCCACAAGGAGCCUCACGGAAAAUCCAUCCGCCACCUGGCCCAGGACGCCAAGGGCACCCACAAGAUGGAUGUAGACAUUGUCACCUAUUACAGAUACCAGUUGAACCUCUUUGCUAAAAUGUGUCUGGACCGCCAGUACCUAGCCAUCAAUCAGAUCUCCUGUCAGCUACCAGUGGAUCUGAUCCUGCGCUGCAUGUUCGACGACUGCCUGCCCUACAACCUCCGAGCCUCCUUCUGCCGCCUCAUGCUGCACAUGCAUGUGGACCGGGACCCUCAGGAGGCUGUGGUGCCUGUACGCUACGCCCGCCUCUGGACCGAGAUCCCCUCCAAGAUCACCAUCCAUGAGUAUGAGUACGAGUCCACUGACACGUCAACAGACGAGAUGAAGAAGAAGUUUGCACACACCAUGGAGUUCGUGGAAGAAUACCUUAAAGAUGUGGUCAGCCAGCCGUUUCCAUUUGGGGAUAAAGACAAGAAUGAACUCACGCUAGAGGUGGUGAAUCUGGCUCGUAACCUGGUGUACUUUGGGUUCUAUAGCUUCAGUGAGCUGCUGCGCCUCACACGCACUCUGCUGGCCAUCCUGGAUAUUGUCCAGCACCCACUCACCUUCAUGAACAAGCUCAACAAGAGCCCAGAGGCCGGCAACAAUGUCCUGCGAACGAUUCAUGGAGUCGGAGAGAUGAUGACUCAGAUUAUGAUGAGUCGAGGUGUGCCGCACAGCCUCCCUGACACCUCUCCGUCCCUGCGCUACGGGAGGGGACACUUCCUGCCGGAUAAUGAGGACAUCAUGGUGAUGGACACCAAGCUAAAGAUCAUUGAGAUCCUGCAAUUCAUCCUGAGUGUGAGGUUGGAUUAUAGGAUCACAUAUUUGCUGUCCAUCUACAAGAAAGAGUUUGGGGACAAGACCCUAACGGAAAGCUCUAUCUCUGAUAUGCUUCCUAUGCCACCUCUAGCUCCUGAACCAGACAUAGAUGAGAUUGCGACCAAAGCAGAGAGCAUGUUUGCAGGGAGCUCAGAGUUGAGUGCGGUGGAGCUGGACGAUGAGGGCGGCCGCACGUUUUUGAGGGUUCUGAUCCAUCUCAUCAUGCAAGAUUACCCUCCGCUGGUGUCUGGCUCGCUGCAGCUCAUCUUCAAGCACUUCAGCCAGAGAUCCGAGGUGCUGCAGGCCUUCAAACAGGUCCAGCUGCUUGUGUCAGAGCAGGAUGUGGAGAACUACAAGCAGAUCAAGACAGACCUGGACCAGCUGCGUCUGACUGUGGAGAAGUCUGAGCUCUGGGUGGAGAAGAGUGGAGUCUACAGCAGCGAGGACCUGGGGGUCAGACAGGGCAAAGAGCAGAACCUAGAGGAAGUUGUCCUUAGCCCAGUGCAGGAUGGAGAUAUUAAACCUCAGAUUGACAGCAACAAAUCAAACAACUACAACAUUGUCAAAGAGAUCCUACUGCGGCUCAGUAAGCUGUGUUAUCCCAGUAAGAAGAGUCGUGUGCAGCAGCAGAGGCUCCUGAAGAACAUGGGGGCUCACACUGUGGUGCUGGACCUGCUGCAGAUUCCCUUUGAGACGAGUGAUGACAAGAUGAAUGAGAUCAUGACCCUGGCUCAUGCAUUUUUGCAAAAUUUCUGCAGAGGAAACCCUCAGAACCAAGUUCUGCUACAUAAACACCUGAACCUCUUCCUCACUCCAGGGUUACUUGAAGCUGAGACGAUGCGUAACAUCUUUAUGAACAGCUACCAGCUGUGCCACGAGAUCAGCGACCGUGUGGUCCAUCAUUUUGUCCACUGCAUUGAAACACACGGUAGACAUGUGCUGUACCUCAAGUUCCUGCAAACCAUUGUGAAAGCAGAUGGAAAGUAUGUGAAGAAAUGUCAGGACAAGGUCAUGACAGAGCUUGUGAAUGGAGGCGAAGACGUGCUGGUGUUUUACAACGACCGCUCCUCAUUCCCGGUGCUGCUGCAGAUGAUGGGCUCUGAGCGUGAGCGGACAGAUGAGGAUGGAGCUCUGGCCUACCACAACACACUGGUGGAGCUGCUAGCCGCCUGCACCGAAGGAAAGAACGUCUACACUGAGCUGAAAUGCAACUCUCUGCUACCACUGGACGACAUUGUUAAAGUUGUCACUGAUAUCCACUGUAUACCAGAGGUCAAAACAGCCUAUGUGAACUUUGUGAAUCACUGCUACGUAGACACAGAGGUCGAAAUGAAGGAGAUCUACACCUCCAACCAUAUCUGGAAGCUCUUUGACAACUUCCUGGUGGACAUGUCCAGUGUGUGCAACACUACCACAGACCGUAACCAUGCCGACCUGGCCCUUGAGAAGUAUGUGACGGAGACGGUGAUGGGCAUCAUCAAGGGUUUCUUCAGCUCACCUUUCUCUGUCAACCACUCCAACCUGCAGACAAACCAGUCUGUCUUCAUCAAGCUGCUCCAGUCUUCUUUCAGGAUCUACAUCUGCACCUGGAUCAACUCCGCUCAGAAGGCUAAUAUCGAGAGCUGUAUCAAAACACUGGCUGAUGUUGCUAAGGCCCGGGCCAUAGCUAUCCCAGUGGACCUGGACGGUGAGGUCAACACUUUGUCUCUCAAGGUCCACAGCAACAUGGUGCAACGAGCAGCCAAGGACUGGAGGACGUCUGCCCGCACCCGACCCCGCAAGGAGCCCCUGGGGGUCCCCGACUACAAGAACAUCAUUGAGAAGCUGCAGGGGGUCGUGUCCCUUCUGGAGGAGCAGUUCAGUCCGAAGGUCCAGGCAGAGUUCUCCGUGCUGGUGGACGUCCUUCACAGCCCGGAGCUGCUGUUUCCAGAGGCUGCUCGGUUACGCUGUGAGAGCGGAGCGUUCAUGUCCAAACUGAUCAAACACACCAAGAAGCUCAUGGACAAAGAGGAGAAGCUGUGUAUCAAGAUCCUGCAAACACUCAGAGAGAUGCUGGACAAGAAGGAAUGCUUCCAGGAUGCUGGAAACGAUUUGAGAAAGAUCCUGCUCACACGCUACUUUGGAAAUCAAAAGCUUCUCUCGAAGUUAGAGCUUGGGAGUGGAAACAGCUCAUCUGGCGGCUUUGUCAAGCCGUCAUCUGGAGCAUGUUCUCCGAUGCUGGACUCUGACAAGCCGGGCAGCAGUGUGGUGGAGAUCCAGUGUCUCCUGGACAACGUUGGAGCAUCAGAGCUGGUGAUUGACCUCAUCGUCAACACAAAGAACGACCGGGUGUUUGAGGAGAGCAUCCUUCUGGGCAUUGCCCUUCUCCAGGGCGGAAACACACAGACACAAAACUCCUUCUAUAACCAGCUGUUCAAGCAGAAGAAGUCUGAGAGGUUCUUCAAAGUUUUCUACGACCGCAUGCGUUUGGCCCAGCAAGAGAUCCGCGCCACCGUGUCCGUCAAUAUGUUCGAAGUCAACUGCAGGAAAAGGGAUGAUGACAGUGACGUCACCAGCCUCAGGUCGAAGAAAGAUAAAGACUCAGGGCUUUAUAUGAGGGAGGACAUGCGUGGUCAGCUGAAGGAGGCCUCCUCAGCGACCUCCAAAGCCUUCUGUGCCUUCAGAAAGGAGCUGGACCCCGACCUCGAAGGCUUGGGACACAACAGUGAGAUGGCCGGUGCCGAAGAGGUUUUAGAAGAAACUCCAAUGAGCCCAGCCAUCACCAUCAUGAAACCAAUCCUGCGUUACCUACAGCUGCUCUGUGAGAACCACAACACAGACCUGCAGAACUUUCUGCGCAACCAGAACAACAAGACCAACUACAAUCUGGUGUGUGAGACUCUUCAGUUCUUGGACUGUAUUUGUGGAAGCACCACCGGAGGCCUCGGGCUGUUGGGCCUUUACAUUAAUGAGAGUAAUGUGGACCUGGUUCGCCAAACCCUGGAAACCAUCACAGAGUACUGCCAGGGACCCUGCCAUGAAAACCAGAGCUGUAUAGCCAAGCAUGAGUCCAAUGGCAUUGACAUUAUUAUAGCACUGAUUGUGAACUCCAUCAACCCCCUGGGGAAGCAUCGGAUGGACCUUGUGCUGGUGCUGAAGAACAAUGCCUCCAAACUCUUAUUGGCUAUCAUGGAGAGCCGUCAUGACAACGAGAACGCAGAGAAGAUUCUCUACAAGAUGAGACCCACUGAACUGGUGGAUGUCAUGAAGGAAGCCUACGCCCAGGGCCUGGAGAGUGAGGAGGACGAGGACAGUGUGGGAGACCAGAUCAAGCCCAGAGACGUCGGACACAACAUUUACAUCCUGGCCCACCAGCUGGCCCGACACAAUAAGCUCCUCCAGCAGAGCCUGAGGCCGGGGUCCGGGUUGGGCCUGGGGGCCGGAGUGGACACCGACAACGAGAAAGACGACGCCCUCCUUUGCUAUGCCAACCACACAGCUCAGAUAGAGAUUGUGCGUCACGACCGCACCAUGGAGCAGAUCGUCUUUCCGGUCCCUGACAUCUGUGAAUACCUCACGGACGAGUCCAAGACACGUGUGUUCACCACCACGGAGAGAGACGACCAGGGCAGCAAGGUUAACGACUUCUUCCAGCAGUUCGACAACCUCUACAACGAGAUGAGGUGGCAGAAGAAGAUCCGCAAGAAAAAGGCUGUGUUCUGGUUCUCACGCAACAUCUCUCUUUGGGGGAGCAUCUCCUUCUACUUGGCCUGUCUGCUCAACAUCGCUGUGGCCGUCUUCUACCCAUUUGGUGAUGAUGGAGAUGAGGGUGAGAAUAUAUUGGGGACUCUGAACCACCAGCCCACAGGAGCGACUCCCACUGGGAGGGCCGAGGCCUUGCGCUUCCUCCCCUGGAUGACCUCUGACACUCCCAGAUUGAAGAAGAUAAGAAAUCCAGAGCGAAUGGUCAGGAUUGCUGUUGGAUACACCGGACACACCCCUCCCAAGAGUGACGACACUGACGCCAACAGUAAGAGACACACCAACCCUCUUCACACUCUUUUUGCGUGUGCGCGCAUAUUCGUCUGUAGCGCCGGGUGA